CCUUUUCCCUCUCUUCCCUUCUUACUCCCUCUAUUUUCUCUCCGGCAUGAUGGAGAUGAAGCCCGCCGCCGCCCUGCCCGUCUGCACCGCCACUCAAUCCCAAUCCCUGCACCCGUCGUCGGUUCUCUCUGGCUUCUGCAACAUGAAGCCGAUGCCGUCCGAGUUGGCCUUUGAAGAGUUCCUGAAUAAGGGGUUGGCGUCGACUAACGACGAGGACGUGAAACCGUGUGGGCUUUGGGAUCAGGUAGACAAAAGUUUCCCCCACGCGGACGCAUUUCUGGCCGGCGUCGGCUCCAACGAUUUCGAUCACGCUUUCCGAAACUCGGAUGCAGUGAGUGGGUUUACAACUUGCGAGGGACUGACAGAUUCGCUUUUAUGGUCCCAGAACGGCACUUCUAAGAAUUCACCUCUCUCUGCUACCAUUGAAUCUCAGUCAUCCAUUUGUGGUGCUACUGUUUGCAGCCCUGUGUCAGCUAAUCAACCAACCCUUGGAGAUAAUCAACCAAAAGGCACUACCAGUGCUUCCUCUCGUGAGCAAUCUGAUGAGGAUGACGCAGCAGGUCCUUGUGAUCAGAGUACAGACCCCAUUGAUAUGAAGCGUCUCAGAAGGAAGGUUUCUAAUCGGGAAUCUGCCAGGAGAUCCAGAAGAAGGAAACAAGCCCAUCUUGCUGACCUUGAGUUGCAGGUUGAACAACUGAGAUUGGAGAAUGCAGCUCUGUACAAGCAGCUCACAGAUGCCAGCCAGCAAUUUCGCGAGGCUAAUACAAAUAACCGAGUGCUAAAAUCAGAUGUCGAAGCUUUGAGAGCCAAGGUGAAGUUAGCCGAAGAUAUGGUGACCAGGGGCUCCUUCCCCACCUUAAACAACCAGCUUGUUCAGAAUCAGAGUCAGGUAAACGCACCACCACAACUCAACACCAAUAGCCUGCGUGGCAUGGCACAUGUCUCGCCAACCAUCACUGUCCAUGGAAGUGAUGCCUCAUAUGCUGGUGUUGCAGUUGAUGGUCACAUUUCAUCUCUUGGUCUUGCAAACUUAGAUAUCAACAACAACAAUUUCAACGCUGGAGUUGCUAGUGAUGCUAUGAGUUGUAUCCAUGAAAUAUAUCGUUGAAUGUUCACUUCGUCCAAUUAUAGCCUUAUCUAGUUAGAUUAGCAGGUCCUGUUUUGUCUAAUCUUCAGGUCCAUUGAAAUAGUAUGGUUUCUGUUUUAUUUUGUUCUGUAUAAAAGAACUUAUUGUGGUCUCUAAACA